AUGAGCGGUCAAUGUCUUGGAUUAGUGUCAUCGACACGUGUUGUGUCACCCUCUUCCACCUCCCCCGCUUCUAAUCAGAAGUGUUUCUCACCCAUUCUUUCCUAUCCCUCACCGACUCCUCCCAGUUUUGCUCAUGAGACCACUCCAGAAAAAUCUAAACACAAAAUCGAUUCUUCCCUUUCUUUCUCCACCUCCUUCUUAUCCAGUAAGUUUUCCAUGAAAGACUCAAAGUUCUCCGGGAAGUUUUUGUCGGAGGGAGAAGGAAGCAAUGAGGCCUUAAAUUGGACGAAUUUCACUUUGUUUCUUAUGUUUAUUGACAUAUACAACUUUCAACACUAUCUCAAAAGAGUGAUGGCACCAGCUAAAAGGUUGGAACAGUUGGAGGGACUAUUGGAAUUGAAUUCCGUGACUUUAAGAAAAGUUAAUUCUGUACUCAUUUGCAACCAAAUACCGGUAUGGAAUGGUUAUGCUGACUGAUUUUGGUCUGGAAAAGGAAAUUAACGAAUGAAGCAGACCAAAUUCAAUGUGGGGGACCACAUAAUACACGACUCCUCAAAUAUUACUUUCUAAAGUCCAUAAUAAAAAUGCAGAAUGAUAGAGUGUUGGAAUACUCUUGUACGUAAUGGUAACUGGGAAGGAGUUGUCUUCAGAUUCUUCUCAUCAUGUUACAUCUGUGUUGGCCUCCCUUAUAAUGGGCAAGUCCUCAAUUUUAAGGAAGGUACCCUAUUGAAAUGCUUGCUUACAGUUUAGGAUGAACACAUGAUCCAGUUGUUGUUGUUGUUGUUAAGCCAUGCACCAAACAAACCAUAGAGAUUAUCAUAAACUAGGUAAAAUUACGCUUUUACCCUUUGAAAAAUACCAUGUUUUUGGUUAGUAAAACGAUUUUUUUUUUCCUGCGGAGAUGUACUUUUGUUUGGGAGUUAUAAGUAGUUGGAUGGGAAGUGAGCUAUUGUGUUGAACAUAUGCGCCUUAGAAUGAAAAUAAUUACACCAUGAUUAUAGAAAGAAAGGUAGAUAAGUUCAAAUGAUGAACCUGUUAUAAGCCAUAACUUUAAAAUCAAUUAGUUUGGAAAGAUCCUUCUCACCAUAGAUAACCAACAUCAACCAAGAAAAAAUUGUUUUUCUGAAUGAAGAAGUUGAAGAUAUAUAGUUGCAUCCCUCAUACCUCUCACUAUUCUCAAAGGACCCAAUUCAAUAACACCCUACAUUAAGGUUAGAUUCUAUUUUCAAAGCUAUAUCUAAUGCAUUCCAAAGCAAUAUCUUUCAAUUGGUUAUUAGUUUAAGUUAAAAGAAAUGAUCAUACUUACGAUGAUUGUAUAUCAUUGAUAAGGGUUAAAAUUUGUUAGAACUAUACUUUGUGUAAAUAUUUUGAUUUUUUAUUUAUGUUUAAUCUUGAAGGAUGCUUCGUAAGGCCAUUUGAAGCUUUUUUGUCUAACUGCUCAUAAUGGCAAUGGUGAAGGAAUUUAAAGUAAUCGAUGCCUUUCUAUGAUCUUCAAUGCACUUCUAAGUCAUGAAGAAACAAGAAUACCCACUUCCUUAAUGAGAAUCGUAAUGUGUUUUUUUUUAAUACAGAUGCUUAUGCGAUUCUUAUUAACGAUUACAAUCCUCACUAUUUUGUUUUGUUUUUAUUUAUUGAAUUUACAGAUUUACAAAUGUUACACAACCUAAUGAGACAUUACAGAUGGGAGUUCAUUAAGAUUCCAACAUUAUGAAAGCUUCUCAAGAUGAAUGGGAACUGAAAAAAACCAGGCUCCCAAAGAAGAGUGUACAUACGUAGGACCUGGGCGAGGUGAACGCAUGGAGUUGUAUGGGAUGCUUCUUUAUGGCACAUGCAUGAGGUACUUAACAGAUCCUAGAGCAUGAGAGCAACAAAACAAAAUAGAUUUUGUCUUUGAUUUUUAAUUGAAUCAUUAAUUGAUUAAUUAUGCAUUUGUUCAUGUUUGUAAAAUCUUCUUUUGUAAAAAAGGUUUCAAAGUAAUAAAUUACUUGCAUAUUCUCCAAAACUUCAACAUUCAUGUGUUUACAACUACAUAACUUUUGAAUAUCUAUAACAAAAUAAUUCAUCGACUUACAAUCAAUUGUUUAAAAAUUGAAUCUAAACCAUCAACUACAACUUAAAGGUCCUUGAUUUUAUAUGUAUCGGAAGAGAAAAAGCUGUGACAAUUGACCAACAAAAGUUUGCAU